AUGAUCAAAAAGACACCCGAAGAACUCCUCUCUGCCAUUCUGCAGACAGUUGAGCGGGACAUUGUCCCACUGACCCGUGAGGGGGUCGCUUCUGGGAGCAAGGUCUUUGGCGCCGCCAUCCUGUCAUCCAAAACCUUUCAGCCAUAUACGGUUUCAACCAACAACGAGCGAGUUUCUCCCUUACUUCAUGGAGAGAUAAAUUGCAUUCAAAAGUUUUACACAGAGACUUUUCCUAAUCCUGUUGAUCGACCGAGUACGCGAGAUGACUGUGUCUUCUUUGCAACACACGAACCAUGCAGCUUGUGCCUCAGCGGCAUAACAUGGUCUGGAUUCAAGGAGUUCUACUACAUGUUCACAUACGAAGACAGCCGGGAUCAAUUUUCCAUCCCAUACGACAUUGAGAUCCUAGAGGAGGUUUUUCGGGUCAAGGCGGAGGGCGAAAGUGCCGAAUCACUCAGAGAUAGGGAUCUCUACAACCGAAAGAACAAGUUUUUCACCGCCCAAAGCCUUCAAGACCUAGUUGAAGAAGUCAAAGAUGCUCAGGAGCGAGAGCGAUGGAGUGCAGAAGUAGAAAGGGUCAAGAGUCUCUAUAAAUCACUCAGCGAUGUGUAUCAGCUGAACAAGUCCAAAGGAGUCGAGACAUCCAGUACAUGGAAGUAGUAGUGAGGACGGGCUAUGCUUGAAAGCUUUAUAAAUAAGGGUAUUCAUUUAUCUCUUGAG